GACGGGAGCUUCCGGGGCUCCCCAGGGCGCGGGCAGAGGGGACUCGGGUUCUGUCGCUGUUUGCCUUGCAGCCAGCCGGAGCCCCGCGCAGCGGUCCAAGCCCCAGCCGCCGUGCAGCCCGCCCGACCGUCGGCGAUGUUUUAUUUCCACUGCCCGCCCCAGCUGGAGGGCUCGGCACCCUUCACCAGCCACUCCACGGGGGAUUUCGACGAUGGGUUCCUGCGGAGGAAGCAGCGCCGGAAUCGGACCACGUUCACCCUGCAGCAGCUGGAAGCUCUUGAAGCCGUUUUUGCCCAGACGCACUACCCAGAUGUCUUCACCCGCGAAGAACUAGCCAUGAAAAUAAACCUCACAGAAGCGCGAGUGCAGGUCUGGUUCCAGAACCGAAGGGCCAAGUGGAGGAAAACGGAGAGGGGCGCCUCCGACCAGGAGCCGGGAGCCAAGGAGCCCAUGGCCGAGGUGCAGCCGCCGCCCGUGAGAAACAUCAGCUCCCCGCCCCCCGGGGAGCAGACCCGCAGCAAGAAGGAGGCCCUGGAAGCUCAGCAGAGCCUGGGGCGGACCGUGGGUCCUGCAGGCCCCUUCUUCCCCUCCUGCCUGCCGGGGACCCUCCUGAACACGGCCACAUACGCCCAGGCCUUGUCACACGUGGCCUCCCUAAAGGGGGGCCCACUCUGCUCCUGCUGCGUGCCAGACCCCAUGGGGCUCUCCUUCCUCCCCACCUACGGCUGCCAGAGUAACCGCACGGCCAGCGUGGCUGCUCUGCGCAUGAAGGCCCGGGAGCAUUCGGAAGCCGUGCUACAGUCCGCUAACCUUCUGCCGACCACCAGCUGCAGCCCGGGCCCGGCGGCCAAGCCCGCGCCCCCCGACGGCGGCCAGGACAAGACCCCUCCCACCAAGGAACAGAGCGAGGGCGAGAAGAGCGUAUGAGGGUGCAAAGUGCCCAACCCGGCGCGCCCUCCCCCCUGCCCCUGCUUCUCCCAGCCUCAGCCUCUGCGGAAAAGUCUCCCGGACAGCAAGGAGUCGACACCCGCUUGUCCCGGGGCCUCUGCAGCGACCCGCGGCUCCCCUGGCGCCUGCAGAGUCGUGCCGGAGUUCCACCAGGGGGCGCUGUGUGGUCCUGGCUUCUUGGGUGACAGGUCCUGAGCUCACAGGGCGCUGAGACCCCUGAGGUUCUCUUCCAGAUCUGGAAGUUUUUGGAGGGGCUGGAAUUGCUCAUCCAUCACCCUUCCUGUCCCCACCCACUGCCCUCCUGGGCUACCUUGUGAAGGUAUUGUCAACCCCAAGAACCACAGCUUGGGGCAUCAUCCUUGAGAAGUGGCCAGGGGCUGGACUGUCCCAGCCAGUCACACCUCUGUGAUUUUACCAGGCAGCUGGUAGACCUCCAACAUGCAGCACCUGCUGGCUUCCAUCAGGAUCCUUUCUCUGCUGGAGAAUUUUGGUUGUGGGCUUGGCUGGGGGCUGAGAAGAUAUAGGGUGGGGAGGGUCUGCCCUAGGGACACAGGGUGGCCAGGGAGCCAGACUAUUAGACACACCGUCAGCUCCACGAACCGGGGAGCCACUACUGUCACCCAGAUGCUGUGGGCUCGGAGCGAGUGUGGCCUCCCACCGUGGCAGUGCCCAGCCGCCUCUCUCCUUGAGUGGACUUGCAGCUUGGUGGGAAGCUGACCAGUUGGAAAACAGCUCCCGGAGCUGGACAGGAGAGCCAUCGGAAGGGACGCAGCCUCCCGGAAGUCGUCCGAAACAACCAAGCAUCUGGAUGAACUCCGGAUCCUCAGAUCCCUGGCAUGGGGAGGGGGUUCCCAGCAGAGCUGCUUUUUGACUUGGGAGAAGAAAAAAAAGUAGGAAAGAAGAGGAGCCAGGAACGGCGUCCACGCAGACACGCUGCGUGGGGCAGAUGGCUUCCUGUUGGACGAAGGGAGUUAGCAGCAAAGGGCCAAACCACGUUGAGGUUUCUGCUGUGGUCUACGGUGGCUGUUUUCUGCUGCGUGGACGGAGACCCGAGCAUCAGUGUGCAAUCACAUGAGCGCACCCCCUCCAGCAGGGGCUCCUGGGAAACUGACAGGUGCGUGGCCAUCUGCAGUGACUUUUGCUGCUGGUAUGGGUGGCUGUGACGCCGAGGGUUUCCACUUCGGUUGCUGUCACCGACAGGUUCUGCUUCCUUUCGGGUCCCCUGCCCCCUUUGCAACCUCCCCCUGCCCCUUCCCCCAGAGUGUACUCCUUGUCUGCCUCGUCCCCGCCCCCCACCCCCCCAACCAUGACUGCCCAGCGUUUUGGUAAAACCCAGCGUCUCCUUUAAGGCAGAGAGACCUGCUCCUUCCUCCUGCUGUAUUUUGCUUGCCGACUCCCAAGACGGACCGAUUUGCCAAAAAAGCGGCCAAGUGGCUUCCGUUUCCCCUGUAAUCACGAAUGUUCGGUUGCAACGCUGCGCGCGCCAGCCCUUCUAUACCCUAACUCUUCAAUCUAAUUGUUUGAUUAAACUCGUAUUUCCUCCAGAAAGGUACAUAAAUAAGUGAACUGUUGGGCAAAUUAAGAAUACUUAACGGCAUUGUAUCUGAAAAGUAGUUACGCUGAUUAAAUUUUGUGUCCUUGAGGACUUUCAGGAAAUUGCUUUUGAUCGUCAAUAACACAAUUAAGUAAACUACACACACAUUAGCAUGAAUAAUUGAUAAGAAAUUAUGUAUUACCACGAAGCACUGAUUUAAUAAUUCAUGAUGCGACACUCCAGUGACUGUGCAAAACUGGAGAACAUCGAGGAGUCUGCCUGACGUGACGGAAAGAAAGAGGGGAAAACCAGCAAGCAAGGGUGCCGGGCGGUGACGCCGAGGAGUUGGUUCUGUUGUACAAAGGCGCAACGUGACUGAUGCAUGAUCGUUUCUCUUUGUUUCAAUACCCAAAUAAACUUAGGAGAGUGAAGCAAACA